CUAGUUAGAUUUGAAAGACGAGUUAUAUCUGCAUCCUCUGCCUGCCGCAGCCCAUUAUUUUACAAUGUCUGAUAUGGAGGAAAAAGUGCACAAAGAGGAUUACAACAAACCAAAACCAAGACCAAAAGCUCAAAAUGGAUUUCAAACAAUAGUUGUGCGUGAGUUUGAGCCUGCGGACAAGCUGCAGGUACAGCAGAUCUUUUCUGAAGGGCUAAUGGAGAUGAUACCAGACACCGCCUUGAGAGGCUUGAGACAUCACCCUGAGAGUCUGCUGCUCUAUUCUAUUAUGACAGUGGCAUGUUUUGUCAUCACCAUGUGUUGGUGGGUGAUAGGACUCCUCCCUGCUUUUGUGCUGUGUGGGCGCUACUUCUUCAGCAGUCGUGUGAUACAUGGCUACCUGGAGCAAGCCAUGAGCACAGACAUGGGUGACAUUGAAGAGUUUUACAUGAAGUCCCCAGACUCCCGUCUGUGGGUAGCAGCGCUGGAAGGCAAAGUGGUGGGUGUUGUAGCAGCAGUCGGCCAGCAGGAGCCAAGAGGUUCAGUUGAAUUAAAGCGGAUGUCAGUUGACCGCAGCUGUCGACGGUGUGGAGUUGGCGUGGCACUGGGGCGUAAAGUGCUGGAAUUUGCUGUCACUCACAAAUACUCCACCAUUGUCCUGGGAACCACAGCAUAUACACCUGCUGCUCACCAGCUCUACAAGCAUCUGGGCUUCCGCUGUGUGGAGGUCACAAACGGGUUUGUCACACCUGGUGCGAGAUGGUCCCUCCUGGAACGAAUUUUCUACAGGGUCAGCCAUCAUCACUACAGCCUGGAUGUGCAAAAUAUCACUUUAAAUGGACAACACUGA